GAUGAAAUCUCCAUUUAGCCCCACUGACUUGCAGUUGCCAUUUAGUCAGUCAAGUCCAUCAUGUCCCCAGCUCUCAAAUUCUGAUGGUAAAGACAUGCCUUGUAGGCCCAUGAGUCCUAAACCGCAGAGUCCACGAUCCACUUCUCAACAGAAGAGCUUCCGUUAUCCCGGAAGAAUAUGUGCCACUUCGAUGAUCUCUCUUGGGAACAGCUCUGCAGUUGAAAGCAAUUUGGAGGCUCCUGAGAGACCAAAGACACUGAAACCCAGAGGUAGUCUCUUACUUUCUGUACAGUCGUUGGACAACGAAUACCAGAGGGAUGACAGUGGCAUAAGCAGUCAAUCCCAGAUCAGCUUAAACACAGCUUCUUCCAUUAGUGACAUGCUCCGAGACGAGGAGUCUAAACAGCAAUGUCAAACGUCGCCUGAAAAGAGGCCAAAUGAGAAACGGGUUCCCCAUCGCAAAAGGAGGCCCCCUCAGGUUCCACCAUCCCCACACCCUAUCUCCACCCUUGAAAGCAAAGCCUGGAGGCUCUCCUUCCUUGCUCCAGAUGAAAAAGCCAAGGAGAUUCCAGAGAGGAGGAGGAAGAGACCCAAACCCCUCUAUAAGUGCUUCAGCUUCGAUGAUGUUUGGAUGGAGAGGAACCAAAAAAGGAAGCUAGAGAAGGAGACACAGCCAGAGAGAGGGAUUCAAUUGCGACACCUCCCAGAGGACCAGUUAAAAGCUGGAAUAAGUCCAUCCAUCACGUCUGCUGUUGCCUUUGACAUCCUACCGCUGAAACUGCAUCCAUUUUCCCAGAGCACUCCAACAGGCUUAGACUGUGUGGGCUGGAAACGGCGCAUCUCGUCUCCUGUGAUCGCUGAUGGGGCACUGGAUAAGACAGCUCUAACAGACGAUGUGGGAAGUGAGGAGGACCUGUAUGAGGACUUCCGGAGCUCCAACCACCGCUACGGCCACCCUGGUGGAGGUGGAGAGCAGCUUGCCAUCAAUGAGCUCAUCAGCGAUGGCAGCGUGGUGUAUGCAGAAGCCCUCUGGGACCAUGUCACGAUGGAUGACCAAGAGCUGGGGUUCAAGGCCGGCGACGUUAUUGAAGUAAUGGAUGCUACCAACAAGGAGUGGUGGUGGGGGAGGAUUCUGGACAGCGAAGGCUGGUUUCCAGCCAGCUUUGUACGGCUGCGAGUAAACCAGGAUGAACCCAUGGAAGAUUAUCCCCUGAAGGCAGAGGGUGGCAAAGAGGACGACUCCAGCAGUGGCACCCGCCGCUUUGGGAUGGGGCAGACCACCAAAGACCAAAUGAGGACCAACGUCAUCAAUGAGAUCAUAAGCACAGAGAAAGACUACAUCAAGCAUCUGAAGGACAUCUGUGAGGGUUACAUUAAGCAGUGCCGCAAAAGAGCUGACAUGUUUACAGAAGAACAGCUGAAGACAAUCUUUGGGAAUAUUGAGGACAUCUACAGGUGCCAGAAGAAAUUUGUUAAAGCACUAGAGAAGAAAUUCAACAAAGACCAUCCACAUUUGAGUGAGGUUGGCUCAUGCUUCUUGGAAUAUCAAACAGAGUUUCAGAUAUACUCUGAAUACUGCAACAACCACCCCAAUGCCUGCAUGGAGCUGUCCCGCCUCACCAAAGUUAACAAGUACGUCUACUUCUUCGAAGCCUGCCGCCUGCUGCAGAAGAUGAUCGACAUCUCUCUGGAUGGGUUUCUGCUGACUCCUGUGCAGAAAAUCUGCAAAUAUCCACUGCAACUGGCUGAACUGCUCAAAUACACCAACCCCCAACACAGGGAUUUUAAAGAUGUCGAAGCUGCCUUAAAUGCCAUGAAGAACGUUGCUCGGCUCAUCAAUGAGAGAAAGCGGCGGCUGGAGAACAUUGACAAAAUUGCUCAGUGGCAAAGUUCGAUAGAAGACUGGGAGGGUGAAGAUGUCCUAGUCAGAAGCUCAGAACUCAUCUAUUCCGGGGAAUUAACCAAAAUCUCCCACCCUCAAGCCAAGAGCCAACAGAGGAUGUUCUUCCUCUUCGAUCACCAGCUUGUCUGCUGCAAGAAGGACCUUCUGCGCCGGGACAUCUUGUAUUAUAAGAGUCGGAUCAACAUGGAUGAUAUGGAAAUACUGGAUGUAGAAGACGGGAAGGACAAGGACUUCAAUAUCAGUGUGAAAAAUGCAUUUAAGUUGCACUGCCGAGACACUGAGGAAGUCCACUUAUUCUGUGCAAAAAAGCCUGAGCAGAAACAGCGCUGGCUGAAGGCAUUUGAGAAUGAAAGGAGACAGGUUCAGCUCGACCAGGAGACAGGUUUUUCAAUCACAGAGGUGCAGAAAAAGCAGGCAAUGCUGAACGCCAGCAAGCAGCACCAUAGUGGGAAGCCUAAGGCUGUCACCAGGCCAUACUAUGACUUUCUGAUGCGUCAGAAGCAUCCCACCCUGCCUACUACGCUCCCUCAGCAGCAAGUCUUCAUGCUGGCAGAGCCCAAGCGCAAGCCCUCGAACUUCUGGCAGAACAUCAGCAGGCUGACACCCUUCCGGAAAUAAGGGCAGCCCCGGGUUUGUGCCUGGACCCCUUCUGAGAAAGCACUUUAUCCGUCAGUCUGGGAAG